CGCUGUGAUCACACACUCUACUAUAUCCACACGCCUCGAGACGACUCCGCCUCACUCAAAUCCGGUAGAACGAGCAUACCCGAUCAACAUGCCUCCCCGAAAACCCAAGGUCAAUGUCGAGACGUCGCCAGAGAAUCAUCCUCCUCCAAGUACGCGACUAGAAGCCGGAACACCAGAACACGAGCCCACGAAGCAAGCAGCAGCAAAUGGCAUAACACAAGCUCAAAAGCAAGCACUCAUAGACAAUCUCCAGCAAGAGAUCACAGACCGAGCACGCAAACUACGCGGCCAAUACGCCCUCCAAGCCCAGGGCCUCCGAGUACGGCUCGAGGGUCGACUCAAUCGCGUGCCUUUUCAACUGCGACAGAGGAAGAUGCAGGAUUUGAUGAACGAGUAUGUGGAGAAGCGGAGUCCGGCCAAACCUGCUUUGAUGUCCACCCAGGCAAGGAAAGUCGUCGAGGUGCCGAUGCCGAGGAAGGAAUUGAAGAGACAGAGCGACCAAAUCUCCACCGCCUCAGACGACAAAGAAAACGAUACAGAUCACGACCUCGCGAACCCCAAGAAACGCGCCAAACCCACCGCAACAAAUCCCAAAGCAGCAGCAACUACAGCGCCAUCUAACGCCGCCCGCAAAGCAAUCCUCUCCCCCAGAUCCCACAACUCCCGCACCCUCCCCCGCUCCCCUUUCAAAACCUCGGAACCAAACAAAAGCACCACCCAGCUCCCCAUUCCCUCAAGUCCCGCAAAACCAACCCUCUCUAGCUCAACCGCACCACAACCCAAAGCCACAUCCACCCGCCCCGCCCCUCGACCCCAACAACAGCGAAACAUCACCCGCUCCGACACCGACGGCGGCCGAAGCAGCGGCGCAAGCAACACGAGCGCCAGCACGACGAUCGUCAGCAAGAAGAAGAGCACGGCGGCGAGCGCGAGGGGCAAAGCGGGCGCGGCGACGAAGAAGGCGAUUGCGUCUGCUACGAGUGCGAUGAAGUCUGCUGCGACGGGGAGGAAGGCGGGGGCGGCGGGGGCGAAGAAGGAGAAUGUGGUGCCUGCGGCUGGGGGGAGGAGUUUGAGGAAGCGUACGUGAGUUUGUUUGAUUGCGUAGUGGAAGGUUGGAUGAUAGCGGAUUGUCAAUGUUCACUUCUUAUGACUUCAUCGCUGCCAAGCUCAAAAUGUCGUUCACGUGGUCAGUAUGUUCAGCACAAGGGAUGAUACCCAUAAUGGACGGAGUGAAAGAA